GUUCUCCUGUCGCUGUCCAGCGCUGUCCCUCUGUUGUUGACGUCCGCGACUGUGUUCAUAAGCGGCUGCUGUCGACUGCUAUUGUGACUGUUUGACUUUGUUGAUGUUGUCUGUCUCUCGCUGUUCAUUGUGUGGCCGUUUGUCACGAGGCGACGCCUGCAACUGUUUUUUUGGUGCGAAAGGCCGACGUAUCGCCCGUAUGUCUGUCGCGUUCGACAGUGUGUCUCUAUUGUCUGAGGGGGUUGGUCUGCAAUGCUCCAAUUAUGGCGUGUGGAACGUUGACGUGGUGCAUAAGGAUGGGUGGAAACAUUGGCACACUCAACUAGAACUAGUCACCAUUACUAAAUUCAUCGAAGUGCAUGGCAUGAGUCUGAAACAUGUCAAUCGUAAUGUGGAUGCUGUGGUACAUUCUCUUCUUCAUACAUCAUAGUAGUAUGUGAUAGUUGUUGUUCCACUACAUUGUAUGAGUUCGUGGUCUCACACGUACUCGAGGUGACAGAUGUCAUUGCCUGUAAGCUGGUUAGUCCGCAAGAAAUGCAGAAAUCGUUUCCUGUUGUGAUUGGGGGUUCCUGGCUUAGUUUUGCUGAUGCCAAC